AUGUUUCUGCUGCUAGACGGGUCUAAACUGCGCUCUAAAUGCAUUUCCUGCUCACUAGAGGAACAUCAGGACGCUCACACCACGACCGAUGCAGUCCUUUCCAGAUGCUGUGGCCAACCGUGUCAGGCUACGCGAUUUGGCCUAUGCGAGAAAUGCCUGAAGAAGGCGCACGAAGAGAACUUUGGAGACGCUGAGCUGCGUGCGGGAGGGUGUGUUCUGCUGUGCUCCAAUCGACAGGGCGUUCCCCAUUCAGAGACGACACCACUAAAAGAGGAUCACGUAAAUGUUUUGUGA